GUCUUGAAGAUGAGAAAUGAAAGGGAUAGUUUUUGAAGAUAGGUUUUUGUAGUUGUGUCAGUGCAUAGAAUGAUUCAUUAUUUAUUGGAUUUUUCACGUAUCCCUUCGAUUGAACGUACCCCUACUGCGAAUGAUAUUUUGAUUAAAUAUAGUGCGGAUAACUGAUAUUUAUGACGUUGGUUAUUUGCACUCUCGAUCGUCGUUAUUAGUAAGUUUUCUGAAGGUGACUGCUUAUCAGUGCUUCCUAUUUUAUUUUUAGUAAAUGAAUGGGAUGUGGAAAGCAUCGUGCGCUGGAUCAUCGGAAUAUUUUAGCACUGAUUUGUUUAAGUUACCUUCGCAGUUAUCAUGCGACAUACAAACUACUACGUGCAAUAUUGAUUUCAUUUCUCCCAUAUAUGAAGUGACCGUAAUAUACAACUUAGGUGUACCGCAUGGAGUUGACCAUUUACGGCAGUCAUUUUUAUGAAAUCAAGUGAGAGUUGGAUCUUUUGGAGUGUAGAAGACAUCGUGCAAUGCUUGAGUCUCUUGAAGAAUCUCAGUUCAAGGUUCUAUCUAUUCCAUUUCCGAAUUAUGUAUCGAGUAGACAUCUAAGUUUAAUUUUUUUUGAGUACUUAUGAUUUAUAUCAAAAUUUUCACAUAUCCAUACGCCCAUAUAUAUUUAUGAAGCUACUACACUAGAAUCAUUAUCUUGUUCACCUUUUCAAAAUUACUUGCAACUUCUAAUUGAAGUAAAGGAUCACUGAGAAUCCUUAAAAAAAUUCCAUCCCUUUAUCUCUACUGACGUGGUGUGUGUGCCAUAUUUAUUUUUCCAUUUCCUUCUUUCUUUUGCUUGUUAUAUGAGGAAUAUAUUUUAUGGAAAUGCCUCAAUUUUAUAUUCUUAUUUUUAAUGUUUUGUGUUUUUGUUGACCACGUUUCAUUGCAUAUUUGAUUGUAUUUGGUACUUUUUUUAAUACCUUUGCCACCAUUGUCCAAAAAUAUAAUAGCAUUCUUCUCUAUUAACAUUUAUAAGAUAUAAAAAUUGAGAUCAAUGCCUAUCAAUGGGCAAAAUCCUGUUCAGACUCAACCAUUGUCAUCGGCCCAAGCCAUUCCUUCUGAGAUGGUGACUGCCAAAGGUCGACAGCAGUCCGAGAAGCGAAUUUCCUUUUCAUAUUGCGACAAAAUUAUCCCAACCUUCAUCCAGGGCGAGAAAGCAAGCCAAUCGCUGGCCACCCGUCUUUCUUCCGAUUUAUCACCUGGGAUUACGGCGGAGGGUCCGGGGACGUCAUUCUCGACCCCGUUGCGGUCCUGGACGCGGGAUAAAACGACGUGGACCACCGGGACCUCGGGGCUUUCCAGCCCUGGUGAGGCGGGUUUGCCCUCCAGCGGAUGUCUCCCAACCACCGCCUCCCAACCCGAGACCCCCUCGCGGGAGGCCCUGGAGGCCUCCGAAGACGACGAGGCCUCGCCCGACCCCAUGACCUUCCCGGAGAACGACAGGGGGAUGCCGCCGCCGAAUCCCAACGCUUUUUCUGACGAAGCAAGUGCAACACGAGUGGGCUCUAUUAGCCCUUUGAAUCCCCCUAAAGAAGCCCCCAUGGGGUUUCUGAAUCCCUCCAAUGAGGCCUCCCUCAGCCCCUUGCGGGCUUUCAAGGAGGGCCCCACAGGCCUGCUGAAGGCCACCACACGGCUGGGCCGGGCGACCCAUUCUGUGACAGCCCCGCGGCUCGGCGGCCGGCAGGGCGGGGCACGGCCCGGGGGUUUCGCUUUGAGUGCUGCCGAGGACCCCAAUGGGCGGAAGGCGUCGUCGCGCCCGUCCUUUCUAAACGACCUCCCGCGGUAUCCCGACGCGGGCGACUUCACCUCCGUGGAAUCAUCUAAGGAGGGGAUCGCCUCCUUCGCCAGGUGCGGGAGCCUCGGCAGCAGGAUCCCGGGGUAUGAUUCGACCUGCACUAUGCAAAUGCGCACAAUGCUCAUCAAUGCGGAGAGAGAGCUGGCCGACGUUCGCGAGGACGCAGUUAAGCGCGGGAUGCUCUUGGAGGGUCUUCGGACGGCGUUGGAUCGUGAACGCGCCAGUGUACAGGAUCUUCGCAUCCAUCACCUCGAACAGAUAGACGAAAUGCGAAGCGAGCAUGAUGCGCAAAUAAAGCAGCUGCGCGAGCAGAUACGAGUUCUUAAAAUGGUCUCGGAGACUGCCAUGGCUGAGAAGUCUAAGGCUGACGAAAAGGCCGUCCAGAGACGGAAGGAUAUGCUUACUUUGCUAGAGAAGGAGCGUGCUGAGAAGGGUUCUAUCAUGGCUGAUUACCGUGUACAGACAGAGGAGCUUAUCAAGGAGCAAGGGAGGGAGAUCACAUUUCUGCGGGCAGCGAUGGAUCAAAUUAAAGAGCAGUAUAAUAAACUUGUAAUGGAACACGAGGUAACCAUGAGUGCACGCGAUGUGCUGGAGGGUCAGUUUGAAGAAUAUAAAACACAGCUAGAUCGUGAGCGUGUCGAGGGAACUAAACGACUAAGAGAGGUUCAGAAUCUCCUUAUAAAUGAAAAGGAGUCUCUUCAAAAUGAGAUCGAUCGUAUUCGAGAGGAGCAGUUGCGAGAAAGUGCUAAAUGGCAGAGUAAGCAGCAGGAGUUGCUUGAUCAAUUGCAGCGUGCGCAGGAAAGUGUAGCAGCAGAGGAAAAGGGCAGGAACCAUACUCUAGAAAGCCUCAGACAGGCGCAUCGUAGAGAACUUGAAGCAAUGUGCCAGGAACUGGAGUCUGCUAAAGAGGCAUAUGGCAAACAGGCGAGCGAGUAUCGUAUUGAUCUUGAAAAGACCGUACAAAGUGAACAAAAGGCAUCCGAAUCGCUUCGUCAGACUCUCGAACAGGUGCGUCGUGAGAAAGAAGAAACCGCAGUGGACGCUUAUAUGCAACGCGAGCAGCUUCAGACUCAGCACCGCAGCAAGAUUUCACAGCAGAAGGCAGUCGAGGAUGCCUUAAGGAAAGAACUCGCAGAGGAGCAGAGGGCUCGCAAGGACGCCGAAAGUAAUGUUGAGCUCAUGCGUCUACGCGCGGAAAGCCUCCAAAAAACGGCUCACGAAGCCUCAUGCGGACUGGAGGCAUUUCAGGUGGAUCAACGGACUAAAGAGCGCACCCUUGAGCAGGCACACCAGCGUGCAAUAGAAAAUAUAGAGCUAAAGCUGCACAAUCUGACUUCAGAUCUUACUUGUGCGCAGCAAAAGGCCCAACAGGAGGCAUUAGAGCAACAGUGUCUCCGUGAUGAACUGACGGCAAAAUCAACCGCUUUGGAGCGCUUCAAAGAAGAGAAAAAGAAAACCAUAGAGCUUAUGGAGGCCGAAAUCGCUCGUCUGACUCAAGACUACACCUUUCGUGAGAAUGAAUGGAAAAAAACUCUGGAUCAGCUACAAAUUAACAUCAAAACCAUGGAGAAGGAGCGUCUAUGCCUGGAAAAAAAUCGUAACGAGGACGAUGCUAGGCUAAAGGCAGUGGCUGAGGAAAUGGCGAUCGAUCGAGCCUCGUUGGAAAGCACCAAUAUGCAACUUCGAGAGGCCCAAACACUUCUGGAGGAUCUACGUCACAAGUACAACAGGGAGCAGGAACUGAAUGUGGAGCUGGUGGAUACCAACCAAAAGUUGACUGAAGCACUUCAGAAGUUGAAGCGGCGAAGCGAUGAUCUCGAAAAGGCUGUGCAGAUCGGCCUAAGUCAUCUCGAGGAAAGCCGCGGCGAAUGCCGGCGGCAGGGCGCCGUGUACGAGGGCAAGUUCAAUGAGCUCGAGGAGCGCCAUAAGGCUGAACUGGUGGGUUUUCACCUGGUGGUGGAGCAGGCGCAUAUGGAGUCCAGCCGCGCUCGCGACUUGGUGAUGGCAAAAGACUCGACACUUGGCGAGGUGCGUGAGGAACUCGCCACUCUCAGGCGUGAGUUUGGCCUGCGUGAACGCUCCAUGCAAGCGGAGAUGGGGGACCUCAAGACUGCCCACGAAGAGGCGAUGCAGGGCAUGGAUGAAUUGCUUAAUGGCCUGCGCGCCGAUUUAGCAAAGUCGCAGGCGAUGUGCACGGAAUAUCGUCGUGAACUCAAUAACUUUAAUCGCACCGCAGAGGCUCGCUAUCUGGACCUAGAGGCCACUCUGGGGCAGUCUGAGGCCGCCCGUGUGAGGCUUCAAGAAGAUUCCAAGUAUCGAGAUCAACUCAACCAGGAACUACAGAGCACUGUGAGACUUCUUACGACGCGUCUUCAUUCACAUGAGGAUGAAAUUAACAGGCUACAGGAGGAGGUUUCUGAUACGAAUAGUCGUGCUCAGGAUGCAUACACACUAAUCGGGCGAAAGGACUCAACAAUUGGGCAACUUAACGCUAAAUUGCGUGCGUACGAAUCGAGAGGAUUUUUAAUUUGA